UGCUGGGUGCAGAAAUAAAACAGACCAAACUUCACAGAGUGAAGGGUUGAGUUGGCGGGUGAAAGAGAUCAUCAAUUCACCAUGGCCGGUUUCACAGAGCAACAAGAGAUAUUGGUGAAGGAAUCAUGGGAGACCAUGAAGCAGAAUGUGCCCGAGCUCAGUCUUCGUUUCUUCACCACAAUCCUUGAGAUUGCUCCAGCGGCCAAGGGUAUGUUCUCUUUUCUCAAAGAUUCUGAUGAGAUCCCUCAGAACAAUCCUAGGCUCAAAGCACACGCUGUCAAGGUCUUCAAGAUGACCUGUGAGUCGGCUGUUCAACUCAGGGAGAAGGGUGAGGUGGUUGUGGCAGAGAACACACUGAAGAACCUGGGGUCGGUCCAUCUUAAGAAAGGAGUCAUCGAUCCCCAUUUCGAGGUGGUCAAGGAAGCUCUGCUAAGGACGAUUCAAGAAGCAGUUGGAGAGAAGUGGAGUGAGGAGAUGAAGAAUGCAUGGGGCGAAGCCUAUGAUCAAUUAGCUGCAGCCAUCAAGGCUGAGAUGAAGAAGGAAGCAGCUCAGGAUCCCCUGGCUCAGCCCUCCACUUAAAUCAUUUAGUGUCGUCUGAGUUUGUUGAAUUUCUCCUUCUGGGUUCUAGUUGUUUCGUCUUUUCUGCAAUAAAUAUUUAAGAGAGAGAGAGAGAGAGUAUUGUUUGGACUAUUGUCUUAUUAAAUGAGAAAUCCAUCAAAUUAAAGAAAUUGUUAGAG